GCCUAGUGACGUCUGAGAAUGUAGGGCGUUGAAAUAGAAUGAGAAACAAAAACAAGGAGCAGUUCAGAGUGUCCAGUUAUCCCGUAGCCUUUUGCUUUGUAUAUGAGUGUAGGAUGAGGAUUUGAAACAGGGUUAAUUUAAAACCUGCACUCUGAUGUAUCGUCAAUUCUACAGUCACUGACCGUCCAGACCUGUGUUCUGACUGCAAAUCUCGGAUUUAGACUCAUUAUGUCCUGGAAGUGAAAGCUCAGAUAGCUGCAUUCUGUUUGUCAUCCGGAGGAUAUCAGGCUAAAAUAUGAAGGAUUUGGCAGCUAUGGAUCAUACAAGCAACAAGGCUUUUAAACUACUGAAGCAACUGAAUUUACAACUAGAACAGGAGUCUAAAUAUCAGCCCAGGGAGAAGGGCUUGAUCCUCAUCGAGUCCACAGCAGAGAAUGAUAGCACAAUCUGUCCGAGGUCAAGAAAUGCAAAAGUUGAAGAUUUAUGGAGUCUGACUAACUUUUUUGGACUGAGUAUGGAAACAUUUGUGUUGGCUGUUAACAUCUUGGACAGAUUCUUGGCAAUCAUGAAGGUGAAACCAAAGCAUUUGUCUUGCAUCGGAGUCUGCUGCUUUCAGCUGGCGGCCAGAGUUGUGGAGGAAGACUGCAAUGUUCCAUCUGUCCACGAUGUGAUCCGUAUCAGCCAAUGUAAAUGCACUGUGUCAGACAUGAAACGCAUGGAAAAGAUCAUUUCAGAGAAAUUGCACUUUGAAUUCAAAGCUACAACUGCCUUAACGUUUUUGCACUUGUAUCACACAAUAGUCCUCUGCCAUUCCUGUGAGAGGAAAGAAGUAUUAAACCUGGACAAACUGGAAGCUCAGCUGAAAGCUUGCAAUUGUCGCCUCAUUUUUUCAAAAGCAAAACCCUCAGUGUUAGCCUUGUGCCUUCUUACUCUUGAAGUGGAAACCUUAAAGUCUUUAGAACUGUUUGAAAUUGCUCUUCGUGUACAAAAGCAUUCCAAGGUCAACGAUGAGGAUAUGCUGUACUGGAGAGAGCUAGUCUCAAAAUGUCUGGCAGAUUACUCUUCUCCUGAGUGCUGCAAGCCAGAUCAUAGAAAACUGGUAUGGACCGUGUCCCGACGUACUGCUCAAAACCUGCACAAUAGUUACUACAGUGUCCCAGAGUUGCCAACAAUUCCAGAGUGUGGCUGUAUAAAUGAAAGUGAAAGUGAGGACUCGUGUGAAGAGAUGAGCAGUGGUGAAGACAGUCUUAGCAGCUCUCCCCCAAGUGACCUAGAAGCAUCUUUCUUUUUUGAUAAUUGCAAACCAAGGCUAAAAAGACUGACACAUCAUAUGCUUUGUAGCAAAGGACAAUCUGUAGUUUUAUAAGCUAAUUCAAGUAUGACGUGGGUGAUUGAAGAACAAUGGAAGAUAUCCACAAACUAAUACUGUUAUCUGAAGCAUUAAACUGCUAAAUGUUUUAUUUUCAAAGAUAAUUUUUUGAUUUCUAAGUAAAGUAUUUGUUUUUUGCCAUGCUAUGUCCUUGAUGCACCUGUUAAUUUCGCCACCAACGCCUUACAAUCUUUUUAAAAUUUUUCACGGAAACUGAUCAAUUAGAAUAUAUUUUCUGAAAUGCAGUUCAGCUGCCUGAAAUUUUGCAAAUUGCCUCUUUUAUUUUUGCAGUACUUAUGUUAAAUUUAUGUGUUAACUCUUGCAUUCCUGAUCAAGCUAAUGCAUUGUAAAAUGUGUUUACAGCGUUUUUGAAAACUCUCAUAGCUUUUUAUUUUAUUUGUGUCCUUAAGGAGUUUAAAUGCCAAAUGCACCCGAUAAUAAAUGUUUAAAUUACAAUAACCGGUGCAAUCUAGUGCUCAUAAACUAGUUAAGUUGUCAUAUCAAAGAAUGCCAUGUUAAUUCUUUGGCUUUAUGAAUACCAUUCCAAAAGAAAUAAAAACAGAUGCACAGUGAUCAUUUUACUUAAGGUUAGUUGCACUCAAGGCAUAUUCUCUAUGAAGAAAGAGAAACAUUUGAAACCACCACUGCUGCCUCCUAUUAGAGUGGUUUAGUCUAAAAAUCACUUGCAUUGUCAGUCAGUGGGGGUCAGCUUGGGUGAUUUUACUUUUUUCUCUAAGCAUUGUGAUCGAGCCUUAUGUACUGUUUAUUUACAAUCUACUUAAAUCCAAUUUAGUUUGAGUUGCCAAAUAUUUGCGUUGUUUUAUUCCACUGCUUUUGAGAUUUUGACUGAAACAAAGUGUUGACAGGUUUAAGUUGGCAGUGUAAAUGUGAAACGUUUUUGCGAUUGUUAGGUUGUGAAAUAAUUAUUUUUGUAAAUGUUGGUACUAAAUGUGAACAACAUAAACGGCUAGAUGUGACCAUGACUGUUCAUGUAAAGGCGGGUGACCUGGUACAGUUCUAAAUGGUGCUGUAGAGUAUUAAUGUGUGUACCAUUUUUAUUUUGUAUCAAAAUCAAAAAUGUACAGAAAAAAAUGUAAAUGAAAAAAUGUACAGAAAAAAAUGUAAAAACCUAAAAUGCACAUGAAAAAUUUUAUUUUUUCACAUGUAUGUAGUUUUUGUUUAAGGGCAUGUAGAUAUUAAUUUAUUUCUAUGUCUUAUAUUGUAUAUCGGAGACUGUCCUGUGUUCUUGCUACAGCAGUUGUACCAAAUAAAUUAUUUUACUUAUA